AUGGGAGGCAAGAAAGCCGCCGGUGAAAACUCCAAGAAAGCCGCCGGCAACGCUCGUAAAGCCGAAGCGGCUGCUAGUAAAAAGGCUGCGGAGGACUCCAAGCGCAACGCAGAGGAGGACAAGCAAUGGGCGAAGGGAUCGAAGAGCAACGCCAAGAAAGACGACUCCGAAGCCAAGAAAGCCGAAGCAGCGCGCAAGAAAGCCGAGCGAGACGCGCAACUCGCCGCUGAAGAAGCAUCGCAGCCCUCAAAACCCAAAGGCGCCGGCGCCAAGUCCGCACAGAAGAAAUCACGGGGACUAGAUCUUGCACAGCUGGACGACGGCCCUUCGGGCAAGAAGGGGUCUGCGCUCAGCGCUACGGGUAUUGACAAUGCCUUGGAUGCGCUGUCUUUGACGGAGAAGGAUAGCGGCAAGAUUGAUCGGCACCCGGAACGACGGUUCAAGGCUGCCUAUGCGGCGUUUGAGGAGCGUCGACUUCCUGAGAUUGAGGAGGAGAAUCCGGGCCUGCGGCGACAGCAGCGCAUUGAGCUUUGCAGGAAGGAGUUUGAGAAGAGCGAGGAGAAUCCGUUUAACCAGGUGCAUGUCCGGUCUAAUGCUACCAAGGAGGAGAUUGCUGCGGUGAAGGCGCAGGAGAGGCAGAAGGUGGAGUCGAGGUUGGGUGGGAAAUAG